UCAGAUGGGUGUUAACCAAUGUGCAUAAAUGACUCAAGCUUAUAUCACUUAUGUUUUUUAGAUGAUUGUUAACACCAAGAUUCAACAUUGAUGUAUUUCUAACCAUUAGCGAUAUAAAUUAUGGACAACAUGAUGUUUGGAAAAAAUAUAAUUAGACUAAGAAUCCAACAAGCUAAGCGCAAAAAUUAAAAAGGGUAUUAAGCAUUGGUGGAGCUAGAGGCAUAUAGGUGCGUCAUGGGACAUACAUAAUUUUGGGUGGAAAAUAUUGCUAACCCCCAAGUAUAUAUCCAUAUAUAGGAGGAUUGAACUUUUCACUUCUUAAUUAACACAAGAGCAUUUUGUCAUUGUAGUCCAACUCAUUCAUUGUACUUUUAAUCCCAUCAAAUUUAUUUAUAGCAUGAUAAGCUAAAUCACCAACUCCAUCAAAUUCUUAAUCGGUCUCUCUUCUUCUCAAUUAAUCAUAUUCUCCUAGCAACAAUGUAACCCAGUCAGCAACAGCAUAUUCUACGAGGCCAACGAGGAAGAAGCAUUUAACGUCAUGGUUGCAUUGGUAUGUUUCCAAAGUAUCACGGGCUUGAUGGUGAACCUGCAGAAGACCAAAAUUCAUCCUGUUGGGGCUGUACAGAAUUUGCCCAGGUUAGUGGAAAUUCUUGAAUGUGGCUGGGAACCACGCCCCACAACUUAUUUGGGACUCCCUCUUGGGGCACCUGUUGCCUCACCUACAUUCUGGAAUUCAGUCUUGAAUAAGGUUCAGAGAAGAUUGGAAGGUUGGAAGGGUCGCCUAUUAUCGUUUGGUGGAAGGAUUGUCCUAAACAAUGUUGUAAUUGCCACCCAACACAUCUACACAGGGUCCAUUUAUAAGGCUCCCAAAAGGGUAAUCAAAGCUCUCGAGAAAACUCAAAGGGAUUUCAUUUGGUCCGGGACACAAGAAAGUAAGAAGUUGCAUUUAAUAUCUUGAGAAAUUUGCAAAACAGAGAAGAGGUUGGGAGGGCUAGGUAUUCUUGACAUUGAGAUACAGAACCUUGCCCUUAUGUGGAAGUGGUGGUGGAGAUUUGCCAAUGAAAGACACACUUGGUGGAGGGAACUUCUGCAAGUAAAGUUCCCUUGUACGAGAUCAGAGUGGAUGCCAGGAGAGUUUAUUGGUCUUGCAGGUACUAGUCCUUGGAGUCAAAUUUCCAAAAUGAAAGAAGUUUUUUGGCGCUUUGCACAGGUUGAGCAAGGACGAGGUAUCUGGACCUCGUUUUGGUCCGAUGUUUGGAUUGAGGGUCGAUGCCUAGCUGAUGAAUUCCCAAGGGUUGCCGCCGCUGCUGAACUCCCCAACUCCAGAGUCGCAGAUAUCCUUAAUUUUGUUGGAGAUAGAAUUUUUUGGGAUUUACCUUUGAAAGUUAACCUUCGGGGAGGGGCUGAGAGGGAGAGAGUCAAUCUAAUGAAUUUACUUGAUAGCCUACCAUCAUCUUCUUUUCCUGCAGGUCCGGAAAGGCUCAGGUGGAAUCCUUCACCUGCGAGCGGCUUCAGCGUCAAGUCUAUGUUUCAACAACUUGCUAUAGAGAGAUUUCCAAGAGAAGCCAAUUUUCCUCAUAAAGUAAUCUGGCAGCAGAUUGUACCCAGCAAAGUAUGCAUCUUUAUGUGGAUGGUUUAUCAUAAAAAAAUUGCAACAGUAGAUAACUUGAAGAGGAAAGGGUGGUGCCUUGCCAAUAGAUGCGCCCUUUGCGAAGCUGAUGAGGAAACAGUGGAUCACAUCUUCUGCCAAUGCAACUUCGCGGUGGAAAUUUGGAACAUCUUGCGAAAUUUUGUUGACAUUGGAGACAUUAGAGCCAACGUGACGGACAUUGCAGAAACACUGAGAACCUGGCCAGUGUCAACUCCGGAGAACUCCAAACAAUGGUGCACAAGAAUAGCAUUACAUGCCUACUGCUGGACCGUUUGGCUGGAGAGAAACUCCCGAACCUUUAAUGACGAGAAAAUCCCACAACGCGUGAUAGUCUACAAGAUUGGCAGGGCAAUUCAUUCAUGGCUCACUGCUGGAAAAAAGGUUGAUGUUUUUGAUGCAGGUACAUGGUUGAUCACAAUGAAGAACAGAUUAUUUCCCAACACUGUGUUUUUUGGUCCCGCGUAGUGUUCCAAUGCAGUUUAAUCUUGAUGGAUUUAGAGGGAGUGAGGUUUUGUUUUCCCCCAGUCUUGAGCCGUCAAACCUCUUUGAUCUGUGGCUUUGUUGCCUGGGUUGUUCUUAAGUGUUUGAUUGCAAGGGACUGGCUCUCUUUUGUUUGCUGGUGGCCCCUGUGAGAUUUUGUGGCCAAUCUGCAGGUGGUUACUUGCCUGGGAUCACUUGUAUUUUAUUUCUUUCUUUGUUCCUUUACUCCUUAAAUUCAAUAAAAGUUAUAUCGCCAUUAUAAAAAAAAUAGCACAACUCAGCUUCACUUCUCUCCCUAGGCCUCCUCCACCAAAGCGCUAAUACUUCAAUCCUCAUUAUCACUCUUCGACAACAUAUCACUAGAGAUGGUACCCAACCGAGUACGAAUUGAUUUUUUUGAGAAAAAUCCAAUAAACAUUAUUUUUUUGUGGGGUUUUCUGGACCCGACAAAGAGGUAAUGGGUUCGGUGCGGUUAUGGUAUUUAAGUAUCUGCACCGAACUUAUCCAAAUAUGUAUUAUAACUAUGUUCUAAACUUUUUCACUUUAACACUUUAUUUAUGCAUAUCCUUAAAACGUUACAAUUACCUGCCUCAAAUCUUGUUCAUUUUCUUUCAAUUUUACAAACAAUGUGACUAGAAAACUUCAAAAUAAAGAGCUAAUACCACUGGGAAAUCGAACCAUCAAUAAAGUGUCUCUUGUUUUCCCGAACUAUUCCAUAUGACAUUUAUGUCCUGGACUAUUUUUCUUGUUAGCUUCGACCGAGUAAUUCAAUCAGUGUCGAUGUGGCAUAUGAUAUAGAAUUUAAAAUAUUUUUUAUUUAAAUAACGAUUAACGAAAUCGUCAGGACAUAAAUGACACACAAUUAUCAUACGUUAGGACAUAAAUGUCAUAUUGAAUAGAUCAGGAAACAAGUGGCACUUUCUUGACAGUUCGAGUUUCCCAAUAGUAUUAGCCCUAAAAUAAAAUAUUCAGAUUAUAUAUAGAAAACUCUAUACAUGAUUGUUCGAGGAUGUUGCAGUUGGGUUUUCCUCGAACCGCAUCCUGGUUGAUUUUAGUAUGACACAUUACAUCUCCAUACAUUUUUUGUUACGAGAAUGGUUACGAUUUUAUAACCGUACGUGGUUGGGAGAUGAUAUAUAUGAAACCAGUCCGCCCUAUUUUGUUUUCAUCCCUACAUAUCACUAAUAUUUGCUUAAUGAGAUACACCGAAAGAGACUUAAUUAAGAGUGCAAUAAGAACACACCUAGUUCCAACUCACAGCAUAGAGAGCUCGGCACAUCAUGAUGGUGAAUUGGUGAUGCAUGCAUUUAUGACUAGGCAUGGUAUCAGAUUUGUCCGGCACCCUAUUGAUUAUUAGUUUGAACCUUUGUAAUAAGGAUCAUUGAUAAUUAAGAAUCACAGCUACUCUGAAAGUGAAGGCAUUAGAUAUCGAUGCUUAGAAAUAGUAUAGAAGAAGGCCUCUAAACUUGCUUAUGCCAUUGCCGGGGGAACUUAAUUACUUACUGUGUGUGAUUGUGAUAUGUAGUAUUGGAAUGGGAAGGGGUCAAACAGGAGGAAUUUUACAAUGCUAUAUAGCAUUGGUGCUAUAGGUUUUUGCCUUUAUAGUACAACUUGAAAUUGUACCUUUAACGUUAUGGUACAACUUCAGAUUGUACCUAUACUUUUUGUACAAAUUCUUUUAUGGUACAACUUAAACUUGUACCUUAUGUGAUGGUACAACUUUAAGUAACAUAAUGAUACAAAUGCUUUUAUGGUACAACCUAAACUUAUACAUUUAAUGUUAUGGUACAACUUCAAGUUGUACAUUAAAGCACCAAUGCUAUAUAGUAUAGUAGAAGUGCUCGUCAAACAGAUGAACGUGGCCCAAUCAAUGAUUAAACUACUA